AUGCCCAAGCUCGGCAACCAGGCCCGGAGUACUUCUGAAUCCUGCCAACUUUCCUCACUGUCAGAUGUUAAUGAUAUUCAUGAGGAACCACUUCGGGUGAGAGUCCAUCUUAGCCGGUCUCUGGACGCAGAUGUACAUAUUGUGAAGGCAGUGGGAGAUAGGCGCCUGGUUGAAUCGGAUAUAAGUAGUAGCGGCAGCUCCUUCCUUCAGAGUGGAUCACCCAAACCGCAAGAUAUGGACUUGGGCGCACAACUGUCCCUCUACCAGCAACACAAUUGUCAGGUUCUUCAGACCUUCCCCCCUUUCUCUUUCUCUCUCUCUCAAUAUAUAGAGUUGGUCGGCGGCGGUAGCUGGUCGACUGCCGGAUGGGAGAAUUGUCGGAAACCGCAGCAGGUUGAUCGAUGUCGCACGAAGAUUCGUCUCAUAUAUUUAUUCUUCCGUCGAAAUGUAAUUCUAUCUAUCUAUCUAUCUAUCUAUCUAUCUAUCUCGUCUGUUGAAUCUAUCUAUCUAUCUAUCUAUCUAUCUAUCUAUCUAUCUAUGCUUUUGGUGAUUCUAUCUAUCUAUCUAUCUAUCUAUCUAUCUAUCUAUCUAUCUAUCUAUCUAUCUUUGCAUAUCAGUUUAUUAUCCUUCUAUCUUAGUCUGUUGAUUCUCUCUCUAUCUCUAUCUCUAUCUCUCGAUCUCUGUCUUGUGAUUCUAUCUAUCUAUCUAUCUAUCUAUCUAUCUAUCUAUCUAUCUAUCUAUUAUAUGCGAAUUGGUACAUUUAAACAAGAUGAUUUUAAUUACUGA